AAGAUUCUACGGCAGUUGGAGCCUCUCGGCUGAGAGAGAAGGCACAGUGGCAGUUGGGCUCUACCAGACCAAACUCUGAUGAAGGAUGCUUCUGGCCAAAAUCCUUCAUAAAGGGGGUUGAGCAGGACAGCUGACUAGCACCUCCCUGACCUGAGGAGGAGUGUCUUGUUACGUUGAACAGUUUUCAACCUGGAACUUGUGGAAGAUCUGAAUUUGAUAUUUGGACUUACACUCCAUAUCCAAUCAAAGGGACAAGUUGAUAUUAUGGGACUCCAUGUAAAAAAACCUACAAUGAAAACAAGGAACCUACCUAAGUCACUUGCCUGUUUCUCUGGAACGUUUUUUAGAUUAUGUGUUUUCCUAGGACUCCUUAUAUUACUUGCCAUUCUUUGGAAGCAAAGGAAAGAACAAUGCAAAUGUCAAAAAGCAGAAGAAUCUAGAUUCUGGGAUGCAGAUGGAAAGGCAACUCUCAAACUGAAGAAGCCACGAAAUUCAAAUUUCAGUGUAAUGAAGGACGUUAUGGGUCCUUUACCAAUUCCAUAUACGUACCUCUUGGGGUCUCAUUUUGUUAAAAAGAGAUUCUUGAUCAUUGGGAUAUCUUCUGUCCACAGAGAAAAGGAACAGUAUUUGAUGAGGACAAUUGAGUCCAUUUUCAGUCACUGCACCUUAAAAGAAUUACAUCUAAUAAGAGUAGUUAUAUACCUAGCAGAUAAUAAUUCUAAACUAAAUAAGCAAAAAGCCAAGGAAAUUAAAGCUCAGUUUCAUGUGCAUGUUCAUGCAAGAAGACUGUUUGUAAUACAGAGCUCUCUGGAUGGUUACCCUCCUUUAAGUAGUCAGAGGGGUCAAUUGGACAAGAAAGAAAAAGCCCAGUAUAGAUCCAAAAAGAAUGUGGACUAUGCUUAUUUAGUUAACUUUUGUGCCAGUCUUUCUCAAUAUUAUUUGAUGCUAGAAGAUGAUGUAGUCUGUGCCACCAAUUUUGUGUCCAUUAUACAAAACUAUACAAAAGCCUUGGAAGAACCCUGGACCACAAUAGCAUUUUCGAAACUGGGCUGCAUAGGGAAGCUCUAUCACAGUUCAGACCUUACUAAACUGGCCCGGUUCCUCUUGAUGUUCUAUGAUGAAAUGCCCAGUGACUGGCUUCUAGAAUUUUUCCAAGAAUCCAAAGCUCAAAAUAAUGCUAUUAUCUUCAGGCCUUCUCUUUUCCAGCAUAUAGAUAGAGUGACUGCAUUUAACAAUAUAGAAAAUGAGAUCAAAGAUCCAGAGUUUGAAGAGGACUCUGGAGAUUUUGGAGAUCUCCCUUCCGCAUCAUGUUUCACAAAUAUGCCCAUAUAUGCAGAUUAUGCACCAGAGAAAGUGUGUCCACCUGGAAAGGGUGUCUUUUGGGGCAGGAAUAUAACACCAGAAAGCUUUUUCACCAUUGUGUUUGCAAACCCAAUUGUUCCCCAGAAGAUUCAGAUUUACACUGGGUCAGCUGAAUACAGCAAGGACAUUCUCCACUAUGGUUAUGUAGAAAAGGGCAGACUCAAAAUCCAUACACAUGUGGGUAAAACAUGCCAGAUAUUCACACCAAUAGGAGAUUUUAAGAAUGGGCUUUUUGAAAUGAAGGGGAACAGUGACAGGGAAGAUAUAGACUGCCUUCGAAUACAAGCCACAGCUCCACAAAAGCAAUGGCUGAGAAUAAGAAGAAUAAAUAUUUGGGUAAAGAAGGAUGAGUGAAUCUUCACAUUCUGUUGUACAUAUGUAUUUGCAGUCACAUGUCUGAUAUUGUGGGAAACCACAUUAAACUGUACUAUCUAUGACCACAGAGGUCUAUGGUUCACUUUCUAUAAUGGAAUGGGAGAUUUGUUUCUCCUUUAACAAACAAAUAUUUGAAUAGAAAGCAAAAAGAACAAUAAAUCAACAUGUUCCCAUGAUACAAUUGUCUAUGAAUUAUUUUUGAAAACCGUAUGUAGCUUCUUAACAGAACCAUUUGGUAAUGAUGCUCAGCCUUCAAUAAUUAUUACCAAAGUGGUUUAAGGAACCACUGAAUGAUACAAUUAUGGAAAUCCAGUUUCACUGAAGUGAUGAAUUAACAAUAUAGGGAUACUUAUCAGAUCAUUUGAUUUCUGUUUUCAUUUCAUGAUGAUUUUUGAACAAGUAUUAUUAGCAUGGGCUAAUACAGGAGUAGGAAGAAGAUUCUUAUACAAUUCUUAUACAAUUUUGUUAUUCCUGUGUUUUUAAAAAGCCUUCGGCUUCUGUCAUAGCUGUCAAUCUGCCUUGGCAUAUCUGUCAUAAGCCUUAUUUCACACAAUAUGUUUGCAGUUCCAAGGAUUUUCUUUUUGAGCAGCAACUAGAGAACAAAGAAGAACAUAUAAGGUGACUUCAGACAUCAUGGAGAACCAGUGCCUUGGCCAAACCACCAGUUUUUAGAGUGCAAACAGGAGCCAGAUUUCCAGUGAUGAAACAGCUAUGUUGACAUUGUUCACCCAGGCUUUUAAUUAAAUAUUGUUUUAAUAGUUUUAACACUGUUUUUAAAUUUCUAAAUUGUUGUAAUAUGUUAACUUUUUCUAACUUUUUCUAUUAUA